CUGUCCGUGCACCAGCCUGCAGGGCAACCCUGGUGCACACCAAGGCUGCGGUCAUAUUUUAGAGUGUAGAGAGCGUUAUUAUUACUAUGUUCUUGGAAGCACACUCGUCUCCAGUUUGCCUGACAUAACUUGUGUUUGCAGUAAGCUUAGCUCUGUGCAGAGAUCAUCCGCGAACGACUGCACUCUACUCGAACGUCUGCUCGCCUCGUCAUCGCUGAGGGAGUUGGAUCUUGUCUAGGACUGCCUAAGAGAGGUCUUUUGAUCUUUUCUCGGGGCUGAUAGUGCGGCCACGAAUAACUAUGGGAUCAAUUGAGUUGUUGCUAGCCAGUAGCACACGGCCCAGGACUGUUGGCCGGCUUCACAAUCACACUAGCAAAUGGUGUGUAUUGCAGCUGAUGGUAUGGCAAUUGCUCCUUUUCACUGGUUCUUCGACAGCUGUUGCAUGGGAGAGGGCAGCUAGGAAUCCCACCGAGGGUCAUGAAGUUAAGAAAAACACGGGUGAUUACGUGUUGAACGACAUCCUAUCGCAAUUGCACUCCAUGGUUAGUGUGGGAGAGGGUUUGCAUAACCCUCUGAACCUGGACAAGCAGGUGGUUAGUAGGCCUCCCCAGCAGACAGCGCUACCGUCAACUCUCAACGAUGGUGGUAAAUGCGCGGCGCUAUCCCCCUCACCUUCUCACAACAACACAGCAGGUAUGUCACGUGAUACAGAGCUUGUGUAUAACGGUAACAUAUCGAACAUCGGAUCCCUGCUGGAACCGUUUUGCUCUACUGCCAGCCGGCACUUAAUGUGGCUUGGGAGAAAGACGUACGAACGUGCAUUUCACUUUCAGCCACUGCUGUUGCCAAGACCGGCCUUUGUUAAGGAGCAUCCUCGAAUUCAGCCUUAUGAGGCACUGCUGGCGUUUGGUAUGUCGACAUCUUCUACACCUUCUGUUGAAAAAAUUACUGCCUACGUCAUGAACACGUAUCAAGCCGAUGGACAAACAUGGCGGAUUUUUCACGUGCUUGAUUUUAGUGAGCUUCUUCCCUUCCAGUGCCAAGACCCGGAUGAUUUUCAGCCCGCAAUUACCUUGAGCAUGUCUCGUCAGCAAGUGUACUUCUUCGGCUUCGGACCGCAGGCCGUAUGUUCUGUUUUGCUCGUUUGGGAUAUUGGCAGCCGCCACCUGAGCAGGGUCAAUGCCACUGAUGGACAGCAGGUGCCGCAUGUUUACCACACACUUGUUACCAUAGAAACAAACAUGACGGGUAGUGUUCAAAACGCGGAUACAGAACGUGACCAUGGUGACGUCCUGCUUUCGUACGGAGGAACAUUUUGUGGAUUUCAUGACGUGUACGCGUGCCCAGAGGAGAAGAUCAGUGCUGGCUUGUGGCGCUUUGAUUUCAACAACACACUGUCGGAUGGAAUAGUGCUGGGCAGAUGGUCAAAGGUUCCGGUCGAAACCAAGCCUGGAUCACCAUAUCCUUCCGCUCGCAUAUCUGCGAGUGUCUUUUUCGCUGCUCCGGACCGGAUCUUGAUGUACGGUGGAAUCGGCGUAGUGAGAGCCAGUGAGCUCAAUGAGUCGAAUGAGUCUCUGAGUUGCAGCGAAUGCCGUGAGGUGGCCCUAUGUGAUUUAUGGCAACUCAACCUUGGAACAUUGACUUGGCAAGUGCUUAGCAGUAAUCUUACUCUGAAUUGUGCCCAGCGAGCUCCAUCGAACUGCUUUGGCUUUCCGAGAUUUGCCAAUCGCCAGUUCUGUGCCUACGACCCAGUGGAAGAAGUCAUUUCUGUACCAACAAUAGUUCUGACUGAGUUUUCCCUGGGUGCAUUAUGUAACAUUGGUUCUUUCGCUCUUUCAAGAUUUUAUUUGAAUAGCGUGGAAAGCGGCUGGAGAACCUGGGAACAAACAUCCGCCCAAGACCUUUACAUCGUUGCGAGCGGAAUAGAGCGUCUUCUCUCCUCCGGCUUUGCCACAGCUACGCACAGGGUGUUUUGCGUGGAUCUCGGCUUCUUGCUGACUUCUGACAUGACACUGCGAUACGACCACGUGACCGGGAUGGAUUCGGUCAAUCUACAAUUUCUACCAGACAACUUGAACAAGAUUUAUAGAUUCGCUGGCAACACUGGCUGCAUUAGCCCAGCCCCUAUUGUAGCGGAGUCGCGUUCUUUCGAGAAGGAGGACUACAAGGAGCACUACUUCAUCGUACUUGGCGGCUUUUGCCUUCUGAAGGGUGAGAGCCCUGACAAUCGGCUGCUUGCCAGCUGGGAUGUUCUGCCUGUUUGGUCGUAUCUAAAUGAGAAUCUUGAAUUUGGAUACUUGAUGAAACUAGUGAGACCAGCCCCUGAGUUCCUGCACCAAGUGUUUCACACAGUUGUACCAUUGUCAGAAGAGCCAGUAGCAGGGCAGAACAUACGCAAUGGUGCCCAGGCCCCAGCCCAAGGCAGUCCUGGAACGGUUCACAAAGCCGCUCUUUAUGGUGGUGUAUCAUUACUUGGCCACAUUGUUCCACCAGACGUAUGGUGCUUUGAUCUGCGAGAGCAUUACUGGACACAAGCAAACCUCACCACAAACACCCAUGUACCACAAUGGAGAAGCAAUGCCAUAUUCGGCCAUGUCGCAUUCCCUGUUCCUGGACCCUCCUCCGCGUUUGCCAUAUACGGUGGAUUCCAAGGCGAUUUUGGCUUGCCUCUGUUCUCCAGUAACCGUAGCUACAUGUUUGAAUUUUCAAACCUGGAGGAGUGUGAAGGACAGUGGGUAGAGCUGCAGGCUAGGUCACGUCCGCUACCAGGCCUUGCACUACAUAGCGUCACGAUAGUGAGCAGUGACAUCUACGUAUUUGGCGGCCUGUGUGACCUGGAGCAGCGAAAUAGCCUGCUUCGCUUGCAAAUUGAUCGACGGCCGAGCUACACUGUAGAGUGGGUUGAGGUGAAGCAGGCCAGGACUUUGCCUGCCAUGUUUGGCCACAGUCUGACAGAGUUUACGCCGGAUUUCUUGCUUCUUCUCGGUGGCAUUCAUUACGAUUCCGCAAGAUGUCAUAAUAACCUAGCUGGGUUCUGCUUCAACAGCAAGGGUGCCGUGGCUUAUCUGAUGCGGAUUGGUGGUGGUGGUGCUACUGAUGCUGCUGCUGCUGGCUCGCAGCAACGUGCUGACAUCAUACCGUUCUUCCCUCAUCACCCAAUUGCCCUACACAAAGCUGUCAGUCAGUUUAUCUUUGGCGGGGCUGUCAAUGCAGCAGAGUUUCGUCAGGAGUACGCUAGGCUCAUGUCACAAGACUGCCACAGCCAAAUCCCCAGUUCAUCGUGCCCACUUGGGUAUGGGCGCAAUGGUUCAACAUGCAUGCCAUGUCCACAGGAAUACAUCUCCACAGGAACUGGUGGGAAAUGUGUGCCAUGCCCGAAGUUUCAAGUCACCAACGGCACGGGACAGACCAUGUGUAUGAUACCACCGCCAUGCAAAGACAACAGUUGCCAUGGCCACGGUACAUGCUAUUCAGUCGAUCUGUACGUGGCGGCGUGCUCUUGUGAAUUCGGUUACACGACAUAUGACAAUUGCCAGCUACCCUUUACCUACCUUGGUAUGGGUGCUACAAUAACUGUUGUUCUGCUGUGUGUGACCCUUAUUCUUCGACGAUGUAUUCUACUACGCAGGAAGGCACAGAGUAAGCUGGUUCAGAAAGAGCGCGAGCUCCUUGUGUCCCGCUGGAAACUGGGACAAUUGUCACGUGGAUCCAGAAUACAGUACAAGGAGUUGACAUUCCUGAAUCAAAUUGGUGAGGGUGCGUUCGGUCAGGUGUUCUUGGCCGAGCUCAGUUGUUUGAAGGUAGCGGUCAAGACUCUCCGUGGAUGUCGUUUAUCAAGACGAGCGGCAUGCAAGCGAUUUCAAGUAGAGGCGGAGCACAUGCGUACUGUUCACCACCCCAAUAUCGUCAUGUUCUUUGGUGGAGGCAGAGAGCCCAAAUCCAAGUGUCCGUUCAUCGUUAUGGAAUACAUGUCGCAUGGAUCGCUCAAGCAGGUUCUCUCCAACACUGAUAUUGACCUGGACAUUGGCAAGAAGCUUGGCUUUGCACUGGAUGUCGCUCAGGGCAUGGAGUUCUUGCAUGGCUCAACAUCACCACGCAUUCAUUGCGACUUGAAAAGCGCCAAUAUGUUAGUGACAGAAAAGUGGCAGAUCAAGAUAAGUGAUUUCGGUAUGCUGUUCCUGAUGUCGACAAUACAUGACUAUGAUCCUACUGAUCCGCAAGAAAACUUGCUAUCUUCCCAUGGUAUCUUGAUCUCAUCCGAUGAUGAUGAUGAUGACUUCAAUACCCAAGAGUACAACGACGAUCCAUCUGCAAGUCUUCUUACGCGGAGCAACAGACAUAACUUAGCUGGAAGGGAACUGCGGAACAUUGCCUCCUCUAUCAAUGCAACACGGAAGAGUGGCAAUGGUGACUUGUGCCAUAGCAAUGCUGCUGCUGCUGCUGGUGCUGGUGCUGCUGCUGCUGCUCGUGUUGGUGUUGGUGCUGCUGGUGUUGUUCAAAGUGGUGGCGGUGGUGCAGCUGCUGCUGCUGGCGGUGUUGGUGCUGGUUGUACCCCUGUUUCUGCUGUUUCUGCUGCUGCUGCUGCUGCUGCUGCUGCUGGUGGUGUUGCUGGUGGUAUUGCUGGUGGUGGUGUUGCUGGUGGUAUUGCUGGUGGUGGUAUUGCUGGUGGUGGUGUUGCUGGUGGUAUUGGUGGCACUCCUGGUCUGGUUACCACACGUGACUUAACUCAGCGGAUGGGAACACUGCGAUGGUGUGCUCCUGAGGUGAUCAAAGCCGUUUUCUACGGAUCUUCGGAGUGCGCUUUCAACAAGCACACAGAUGUCUAUAGCUUCAGCAUAGUACUGUGGGAGAUAUUGACACGGAAGUUACCAUUCGACAGCAUGGUCGAUGAGAGCCUGGUACUUGCAGCUGUGCAGGCUGGCACACGGCCACAACUUCCACAACGACGUCACCACGACUCAUACCAGUACAUCAAUAUCAUUGAAGCAUGUUGGAGUGCCAGUCCGGAGGACCGCUGGCUAUUCCCCGACAUUGUGAAGUGCCUGAUUCGAGAGAAGAAACGCCUGGCCUCAGUGAAGCCCGCACACAUUGGUCCGGGUGCUCCACAUCUUUAAAUAAUUAUGAUGAUGUCAUCACACCUUGUGACUUAACACUGGCAGCUGUGUGACGUCAUCAUGCGAGUUGAUCUAGUACUGGCUGCUUGCAGUGCUUGGCUGCUAUCACACAGUAUGAGGAUGAUGACAUGGCAACUGACGUCCUGUCUUCAAUCCGGGUCUUCAAUCCGGGUACUAGGACAGGCCCCCCGUGUGUCCUAGUUUGCAGACGGUCACGUGUGUUGCUCAGGCUGAGUGUGUCCUUUGGUGCCCGUUUUCUACCGGACAUUCCGACUCCCUGGGAACGUGUAUGUGGUCAUGUCACCCCCUUUCAUUGUUGAUUUGGUCAUGUCACCCCCUUUCAUUGUUGAUUUGGUCAUGUCACCCCCUUUCAUUGUUGAUUUGGUCAUGUCACCCCCUUUUAUUGUUGAUUUGGUCAUGUCACCGCCUUUCAUUGUUGAUUUGGUCAUGUCACCCCCUUUCAUUGUUGAUUUGGUCAUGUCACCCCCUUUCAUUGUUGAUUUGGUCAUGUCACCCCCUUUCAUUGUUGAUUUGGUCAUGUCACCCCCUUUCAUUGUUGAAAUUUUGGUCAUGUCACCCCCUUUCAUUGUUGAUGAGCAUUAUGCUAGCAUUAUUUUUAUUUAUUUUAUUAUAACACUACAUUUCCGCAAAAGUGGCAUUAUACUCAAAUAGUCCAUCGGCCAAAUCUCAGAAAGGGCCUCUUUCGGCGAAGGUGAUGCACUGAAGCUCCAACUAAACGCCCUUUGGCACACUAGCUCAUGAGACCCCAUAGAAUACGAAUCCGAUUGUUGGACGUUGCCAAUCCAGUCCAGGAUAGUCGAACUGGGUCGAAUACCUUCUUCCGAUUUUCGUAAUUUCGUCCACCAUUACAUCUUUCUCAUCGAUUUUUUUCGCUUGGCGAAUGUUCUUGAGCCGCUGAGCAGAAUCUACGCACGCUCGAACACUUGAAAUGCCUGCAUGCUGACGGUUCGCAAGAUUCUAGCGAGCUUGGUGGAAAUCUAUUAUUUAUUUUGACAUUUUUGGGGGAAUCUGAAUUAGAACGGUAGAAGCUCAUUCGGAGAAGACGGCGUGUCGCCGCUGUCGGAUUGUCGCUACUGUGUUUCAGACGUAUUUGCUUGAACGUGCUAUUGAGGAUGGACAGAAG